AUGGACGAAGAUAUUCUCAUUGUCGGAGCAGGGAUUUUCGGAGUCAGCACAGCAUAUCACCUAGCUCUGACUGUCUCCAAUCCCUCUCGCAUUACUCUUUUAGACCGUGCUGUCGCUCCCUCGACGUUAGCAGCAUCCACAGACAUAAACAAGGUAAUCCGAGCAGAUUACUCCAACCCCCUCUACAUGGAAUUGGGGUUCGAAGCCAUCGAUGCUUGGAAAUCCCUUCCGUUCUUCCAGAACGCAGGCGUUUAUCAUCGGAGCGGAUGGAUCGCCAUGGGCGAGAAAGACAGAGAUACACCAGCGCGCAUACGGCAAAACUUCCACGACAGAGAUCGCGACGCCAGUAUUGUAGAUAUGACAGAGGAAGAAGUCCGAAGGAAAUGGGGAGGAGUGCUUCGACGCACGAACUGCACGCCCUUUGGGUCGUAUUAUUUCAACGCCUCUGCUGGCUGGGUGGACGCGGGACGGGCUUUGCAGAUUCUAGCGCAGGAAGCCAUCAAACUCGGGGUGAAGUAUCAAACAGCGGAGGUGCGUCGGAUACUACUGGGGAAUGGACGGGUCCAAGGCGUCGAAACGGAGACAGGAGGCGUUUAUAAAACUGACAAGGUGCUUCUCGCCACGGGAGCGUGGACCAGCCAGUUGAUGUCACCGGUGGAGGAUGAGUUGGGACUGUCCGAUGUCGAACGAGUGGAAAGCCAGGUUUCCGCGACGGGCGUUUCGGUUGCUCAUUUUCAGCUUUCGGAGGCAGAGAAAGUGACAUACGCACAGCUUCCGGUGUUAGUAUAUGGGGGGCAGGGAGAGGUGAUACCCCCGACUGCAUCGGGAGUUCUCAAAUUCACGUUCACAACCUCCUUCAAGAACACUAUGGAGACUCCAUCAGGCCAUAGCAUCUCGGUCCCAUCAGUCCAAGACCAGAUGGAUGUGCCGGAAAAGCUCCAGGAGGACUCAAUAAUGGGGAUUCGUGCUCGUCUUCCACAGAUUCUGGAGAACAACCGACGGCCAGAUUACUAUCGUUUGUGCUGGGACGCCAUCUCCUCCGAUCAGCAUCCUCGGAUCACCCAGCAUCCUGACCAUAGACUAGCUAAUCUAUAUCUUGCUGUGGGAGGGUCGUUUCACUGCUACAAGUUUCUUCCCACCAUUGGGAAGUACGUGACGAAUGUCCUUCGUGGGGUGGGAAAUGGUCAAAAAGACGAAGCCUGGCGAUGGAGGAAGAGUCGAUGCCAUGAGAGAGGCGUUCAUGAGACUCUUGUCCCUAAGAAAGAGCUGCGGGAUUUUGCAUCAGGCAGUGUUCAGUGA